AUGCACGCGAUUGGGAGCCACCUUCAGUAUCGCAUGCUUCAAAUGGCACACUAUGGCCAGCCUACCAUCGACAUCGAGCUUGACGAAAGCCAGCAUGAGGCCAAUCGUGCAAUCUUCAGCUACUCCACCAUGGACACAAUCGAAGGAAAAGUGCACAUUACAGCACAGCAUGACACCCACUUUAGGGAAAUCGAGAUCGCAUUCACUGGCGCGGCACACGUAUUCGUAGAACGGCUGACGACCACACCUGCCAUGAGCGGACGAACAGAAGCAUCCCACAAGUUUCUCGCAUUGAAGAUGCCUCUCAACCCUGACGAUAUUCCUUCUCCACGUAUCCUGCGGGCAGGCCAGAAGUACACCUUCCCAUUCGUUUUUACCAUCCCGACUCAGCUCCUACCGAGAGCAUGCCCCCAUGCUGUUGCUUCAGACUACGUUCGCCAGACGCACCUUAUGCUUCCGCCGAGUAUGGGUGACGCCGAGCUGUCGGGAUUCGGUGGGAUCCUCCUCGACGACAUGGCGCCCGAAAUGGCGAAAAUCACAUAUGGAGUCAAAGCGCGAAUCCUGCAACUGCACGAAGAUAAGCUUGUAUUGUUGGCACAGAAGACGAGAAAGGUUCGCGUAAAGCCAGCCUUUGAAGAGCAGCCACCACUCAACACCGAUGGAAACAAGGAAUUCCGCCCAAGGCUCGAACGAAACAUCAAGAAGGGCUUGUUCAAAGGCAAGACCGGCACUCUCAUUGCUCAAGCCAGCCAACCGAAACCCCUCGUAAUUCCGGGAGCCCGGACCUUGGAUGCAGGACCAAUCGCAACGAGGGCAAAGGUUUACCUGCGUUUUGACCCCACAGACGAGAACAGCUUGCCUCCAAGGCUGGGUUCUCUCAAGACGAGCAUGAAAGCCUCAACUUUCUACGCUUCUAGCGCAAGGAACAACUUCCCCACACGAGAAACCCUCAUCUAUGACCACACCCAAGGAGCAUACACAGAUACGAUUUCCAUCUCGACCAUGUGCAUUGGCACAACCGCGCAAUGGGAAAAGCAACCCGCGUCCGCCAACCCACCGACCGAAGAAGAUAUUGAGCGCCGCGACUCUGGGAUAUCCGACUGCUCUGGCCUCUCUGCACCGUCGUACAAAUCUAACAUUCCAACUCCUUCUUCCAACUACAAGGGCGGUGCUUUCUACACGGCCUCUAUCGUGGUGCCCAUCACGAUGCCCUUGAAUAAGAACUUCCUCCCGACCUUCCACUCCUGCCUUAUCUCCCGCGUAUACGCUCUGAGCAUGAACCUUUCCGUGCACGCACCUGGACUCGGCGACCCAACCCUGGCGCUCAAGGUGCCCCUACAGGUGUGUGCGGAGGGCAGCGCAACAGGAAACGAGAACGCGAGGGUUCGAAGCGAGGAAGCUGCUGGGAUCCUGGCUGAAGCAGAUAGGGUACUUUCACCCAGGAGUUUCGCGCCGCCGACUGUGGACCUACCUCCGGAAUACGCCGCGUUGUCGUCAAGAGUCACUGUUGCAGGGUGA